AUGAAGCUGUUGCAAAGGGACGUCAACAAGGUUCCUGCAGUGAAGCUUUACCAUGUCAAAUGUUGUCGUCUCACACUCCUGAGAGCCCAUUCGACAACAGCAUCCCUUCAUCGGGGCAUCCCUGGGUCACUGUGGAACCUAGGCAAGCUGAACCAUAUUGCCAUUGCUGUCCCAGACAUGGACAAGGCCACAGCCCUGUAUCGAGAUGUCCUUGGGGCCACAGUGAGUGAAAAAUUACCUCUACCAGAGCACGGUGUCUACACGGUGUUUGUGGAGCUGGCCAACACAAAGCUGGAGCUUCUCCAUCCUCUUGGGGAGAAGAGCCCCAUUUCUGGAUUCUUGCAGAAGAACAAGGCUGGCGGAAUGCACCAUAUUUGUAUUGAGGUUGAUGACAUCAACGCUGCGAUCAAAGACCUGAAAGUAAAGAAUAUCAGAACUCUUUCAGCAGAGCCGAGAAUCGGAGCGCAUGGGAAACCAGUGAUGUUUCUUCAUCCCAAAGACUGUGAUGGCGUACUAGUGGAGCUCGAGGAAGCGUGA